AUGAACAGUAAACAACGUGGUGCUCUUAAUCCUCCGUCUUACCAGUCUAUAAUGCAGAUUUUAUUCAACUGUAUUGAUGAAAGAAGACUUCAAAUGCUGUUAAGCAGCGGCAUGGUCAGCACCCCACAGUUAAUGUGUCCAGAGAAUCAGGAGUUACAAACGGAGCAUAGAUGUGUAGCAGACACUGUAGAACCUAUCGAACAAUGUCCAAUUCUCAAUGAUUAUGUCCAGACAAGGGUUGAAUUAUCAUUCCCAUUGAAAACUUAUGUACCAUUGGCCUCACGCAUUGCACUUUCGACUGAUUUGAUUAGUUAUUUGCUCUGUGGAAAGAAGAUCGUGCAAUCAUGGAAACUGAGGGUAUCUGCAAUUCGGGGCCGUAUUAGUUCAUCUAAUUUAAUUAAUGGUUGCUGGUGGGCCCCCAUCGGAAUUACAAUCUCCUGCUUCUGUUUACUUUGGAGGAGUCAAAAGAAGAAGCUACUUCAGGGGCAUCCAGCUGCACAACAAAAGUGGCUUAAACAUUUUCUAUGGGAUCCUUCAAGCGGUGCUGGGAGAAGAGAAGAAAUGCUAACCAAUAUGUGUGAUGAGAGAGCCCGAAUGCUGCAAGAUCAGUUUAAUGUAAGCAUGAACCAUGUUCAUGCUUUGGCUAUCCUUGUAUCUACCUUUCACCAUGGUAAACAUCCUUCUGCAAUUGACCAGCUUCAUGAAUAUACAGAGAGUACAGCAUUUGAAAGACCACUUACCAGUGGUGUUGCUUAUGCUUUGAAAGUUCUUCACUCUGAUAGGAUGCAUUUUGAGAAACAGCAUGGGUGGACAAUUAAGAAAAUGGAAACUGAAAACGAGGCAUUAGUCCAAGAUUGUAUUCCCGAAAAUUUAGAUCCAGCACCCAUUCAAGAUGAAUAUGCACCGGUGAUAUUUGCUCAAGAAACGGUUUCCCAUAUUGUAUCUAUUGACAUGAUGUCAGGGAAGGAGGACCGUGAGAAUAUUUUGCGAGCAAGGGCAUCUGGAAAGGGGGUUCUCACAUCCCCUUUUAAACUACUUAAGUCCAAUCACCUGGGUGUUGUACUUACAUUUGCGGUGUAUAACACUAAUCUUCCUUUAGAUGCUACACCAAAGCAGCGUAUUGAAGCUACUGUGGGGUAUCUGGGUGCAUCUUAUGAUGUUCCAUCACUGGUGGACAAGCUUCUGCAUCAACUUGCCAGCAAGCAAACCAUUGUCGUAAAUGUUUAUGACACAACUGAUGCAUCUGCACCUAUCACAAUGUAUGGUACUGAUGUUGCUGACACUGGCCUACUACACAUAAGCAGCCUAGAUUUUGGGGAUCCGUUACGAAAACAUGAGAUGCACUGCAGGUUCAAGCAGAGGCCUCCAUUGCCUUGGACAGCAAUCAAUGCAUCAGUGGGGGUGUUUGUUAUAACUUUGCUUCUGGGUCAUAUUUUUUAUGCAGCAAUAAAUAGAAUAGCAAAAGUUGAGGAUGACUAUCGAAUAGUGAGUGAGCUGAAAGGUCUUGCUGAAGCUGCAGAUGUGGCAAAAUCCCAGUUUCUUGCUACAGUUUCACAUGAGAUCAGGACUCCAAUGAAUGGUGUUUUAGGUAUGCUGCAAAUGUUGAUGGACACUGAGCUCGAUAAAAAACAGAUGGAUUAUGCCCAAACUGCACAUGAUAGUGGUAAAGAUCUCAUAUCAAUCAUAAACGAGGUUCUUGAUCAGGCUAAGAUUGAGGCGGGAAAGCUUGAACUUGAAGCUGUAGCUUUUGACCCCCGUGCUAUUCUAGAUGAAGUCUUAUCACCUUUCUCUGAAAAAUCUAAAGGAGUAGAGUUGGCUGUUUAUGCAUCCAAUCAAGUACCUCAAGUGGUCAUUGGUGAUCCUAAACGGUUCCGGCAAAUAAUUACAAAUCUUGUCAGCAAUUCAGUCAAGUUCAAUCAUGAUAAAGGGCAUGUCUUUGUCUCUGUUCAUCUGGCGAAUGAAGUGAAGAACCCACUUCAUAUAAUGGAUGUAGUGCUGAGAGAAGGCUUCAACAUCAAUCAGGACAUAGCAAACAGAACAUAUGAUACAUUAAGCGGGUUUCCUGUAUGCAACAAAUGGAAAAGUUGGGCAAAUUUUAAGAAGUUAAGUAGCACAGAUGAACCUGAAAUUAUUCAACUAUUAGUAAUAGUUGAGGACACAGGUACAGGAAUUCCUACGAAUGCUCAAAGCCGCAUUUUCACACCUUUUAUGCAGGCUGAUAGUUCCACCUCCCGAACAUAUGGUGGAACAGGAAUAGGACUAAGCAUUAGCAAAUGUCUAGUUGACCUCAUGGGAGGAGAAAUUGGAUUUGUAAGUGAGCCUGGAGUUGGAAGUACUUUUUCCUUCACCGGAACUUUCAGAAAAGGAGAAAACACGUCCCUGGAUGCAAUGUGGCAGAAUAAUAAUUUUGGUACAGAGUUCCAAGGAUUAAGAGCAUUAGUAGUAGAUAGAAGAAAAAUCCGAGCUGAGGUCACAAGAUAUCAUUUGCAGAGGUUGGGAAUGUCUGCGGAUAUGACUGACAGUCUGAAUUUUGCAUGCUCUUGCCUAUCUAAUACUUGCAACAUGAGGUAA